AUGCUUUUGACCAGGCCAUUUCAUCAAAGGGAGCCGGUUCUUCGUGAGUUGCAUGAAAAUAAUGCAGAUUUUAAGAAGGCUCUAAUUGGAGUCAGAGACGAUCGAAGAUACGACCAAUACAAUUUACUAACUUUGGCGAAAAGAAACGGCGAUAAGAAAAUUGAAAUUUUAAAAAUGGACAUUGAAGGUGCUGAACACUACGUUCUACCCUAUAUAUUGAAAGGUAUUGCAGUAUGCCAAAUUUUGGUCGAAAUUCACGCCGACGUUAUUGGAGUCGCCGGACUUCUCAGGGUGUUGGGAAAGGCAAAUUUCUAUUUAUUUUCGUACGAAGUAAACAGGCACUAUUUUGAACUUGCAGAAUACAGUUUUAUACAUCGUGAUUGUUUACAGCAAUAUGAUGCCGUUUAUUUAGCAAAAUAUCUUUAA